UGCAGACAUGGCGGCCUGCAUGGCCGGUGGCUGCAGGCGCCCAAUGGGGCUGACCCAAAGCUUCAGAGCAGCGAGGGCGCUACUCCGCGCGCCAGCUUCCGUCGUCUGUCGGCUGCGCGCGGAGCCGGGCCGGCCGCAGAGCUCUGGGCCUUUAGAGCCCGGCGCCUUCCAGCCGCCGCAGAAACCCGUCAUCGUGGACAAGCGGCAGCGCCCGGGCGAGGAGAGGAGGUUCUUGAGUCCUGAAUUCAUUCCUCCAAGGGGAAGAACAAGUCCUCUGAAAUAUUACCUGGAAAGAAAAGACAUGUUAGAAAGAAGAAAAGUACUUCACAUCCCAGAGUUCUAUGUUGGAAGUAUACUCCGUGUCACCACAGCAGACCCUUAUGCCAAUGGGAAAACCAGCCAGUUCCUGGGGAUCUGCAUCCAGAGGUCAGGGGUAGGACUUGGUGCUACUUUUAUCCUUAGGAAUACUAUUGAAGGACAAGGUGUUGAGAUUUGCUUUGAACUGUAUAAUCCUCGAAUCCAUGAGAUCCAAGUAGUCAAAUUAGAGAAACGGCUGGAUGAUAACUUGAUGUACUUACGAGAUGCUCUUCCUGAGUACAGCACUUUUGAUAUGAACAUGAAACCAGUAAUAUCAGAGUCGAACCAGGAAGUUCCUAUUAAUGAGCUGAAAGUAAAAAUGAAACCUAAACCCUGGUCUAAGCGCUGGGAACGUCCACAAUUCAAUAUUAAAGGAAUCAGAUUUGAUCUUGCUUUAACUGAAGAACAAAUGAAGGAAGCUCAGAAGUGGAGUAAGCCUUGGCUGGAGUUUGAUAUGAUGAGGGAAUAUGAUACUUCAAAGCUUGAAGCUGCAAUAUGGGAUGAAAUCCAAGCCUCAAAAACAUCCUGACUUUGAGAACACAAUUGGUAGCAGUAGAAGAUGUGUUGGCUCUCAGAGGACUUAUUGGAAAACUUAUGAGAACACAAUUAUUAAGUAAACUAAGUAAUUAUUUUCUUAGUAUUUUUUAAAUAAAUGAAAUUUGCUCGUUUAUUAUGCCACAAAAGAGAAUCAUAUCAUCCCAGAUUUGUGUGGUCAUUCUUUCAUUGUAGGCAAAGCCACAGUUGGACCAAUGCAUCAUCACCAGAAGGCUCUUCCUGAGCAUGGAAUCUGAAAAAGGGGACUGAGGGAAUUGUGUCUGUAAACUGUGAAAUAAAUCACAAAUAUGGAAUAUUA